AUGGGGCAUGAAAAAAGCGAUGAGCGAUGGCCUCGUGAAUUAGUGUUCAUCAGUGCUGAAUUGCGCAGAGGCGGCUGUUGGGCUAAACAAUCUUGUCUGACCAAGUUGAAAAAUCUUGGUAUCAUCUAAUCAGAAUCACCAUCAUUCUAAAUGUGAGCAGUCCGAUAAAGCCAUAAUAAUAUUGCCCGUCCCUUUUGUGGCAGCUGUUUUUCUGUUUGCUGUUAUUCCCGCUUCUUUCGGUAUGUUAAUUCUGUUCAGCCAGGUUACUUUCAUUUUUGAAAAUAACUUUUACCCAGAUUAGUCCCUAGACGUUCUCGCCUCGCACAAUCCUGGCUCCAGUUUUUCAAAAGGUGGAUAGGGCUAUCCACCAGAUACAUCUCUGUCCAGUGGAUAACGCAAUUGGUUUCUCUUAUAGUACUUAUCUACUGUAUAGAGAUUUAUCCGAUGGAUAGCGUUAUCUAGCUUCUGAACAACUGAGGUCUUGACUCUACCGUGAGCUGUGACGUCGCCGAGAGAGACUCGCCUACCCUAGACUACAAAACAGUCCGUAUUUUUGCGUAUUCAAGUACGCACGAAAAGUCAAACAAAAGCUGAAAACGGAGAGCGAGACUAGGGAGAGACGCUAAAAAUACCAAUUUUGAGAAAAAACCGGACUGUUUUGCAGUCUACGCCUACCCUUUCCCAGACUUUACGCGGACAACGGGGCAAGAGAUAAAGCCUGGGGAUGACAGGUUGACCUUUACUGACAUGCGCUAUUCACCGCGAUCAAACGAGAGAAAUUUGCAAAAGCUAAGCAAGGUACUUCAAAGCUAAGGUUGUACUUCAGUUCACUGUUAAAAGUUUAAGGUGUUAUCAAUAACCUACUGAGUUAACUAAACUUUUUGAAAAUUUACUAAAAAAAGUUCUAAUUGUUUGAAAACUGAAGCUGGUAUUAUUGUCGGAGCCAUUUUCCAGGGCUGAGUUACUCAAAGCAUGGUUAGCUUUAACCAUUGGUUAAGCAGUAUCAAAACAAAUACGUUGUCAAGGUAUUAAACGCUGGUUAACGCUAACCAUGCUUCGAGCAACUGGGCCCAGUAUGAUUUUGCCCGGGUGAAAAGUAGAAAAAUGAAACGAUAGUUUAUACGUUAACAAAUUGAUUUAUUCAACUUUUGUCCAUGUUUACACUGCUAAAGGCGGCCCAGCAAUUGAGACAUGGGCUACGGCUUAUAAAACGUUACCAGUAAUGAAAGAUAAAGCACAUUUUAUAUAUAGCGCCAUGCUCCACUAAUUGUCCGUGGCGCUUUACAAUACCGUAACUCUUAAUUAAAAAAAAAAAAAGCUAGAUUAUUCAAAACAAUUCAGGCUAAUAAUAAAAAUUAUAAAUAAAAAGAAUUCGUAAACUGAUAUGUCUAGAGGGGGGGGGCUUAGUUUUAAAUACAGUAACUGACGAUGAUUUCCUGAUGUCCCACAGGUGUCUGUGCUUGGCUAAUCCUGGCCAGAAGGGUCCGAUCUGUCUAGUGAGAUCGUCGUCUAGGAAAUGUUUAUACUUAUUCUUUUAUGUCAGUGUUAGUUAUAUAUAUAAUGUUAUAAUGACGAAAGAUCACUGAUACUUUAUUUCAUUACAUCCUGUACUACACGUCCGCUCGUUGUCAGGAUCGCGCGUUUCUAAAAGAAACUUGAUUGCAUUUUAGGUAAGAUAAAUAUUAUUCUGUACGUGUAAGACUCUGUCAACACUAUUAUUCUCGUGAGCUGCCUCAUCCUAUCAGGUCACUUCCUUCUUUAAAGCUGCAGAAUAGUGAUUUGCUUUUAAUCAAUAGGCCUUUUUUCAAAAAUACCAUAAUGCUCUUUGUUGUCCCUCCAAAUACAUUUCUCAGUGGGGCUAUAACAAUCGCCCCAAGAGAAAUUGAAAACAAUGUUGAAUUAUACCAAGCGAGGAACCGAACUGAUUAAAGAGCAUCCACUCUGAAAAUAUAGAAUAUACAGCGCCACUUCCGAAAGUUUCAGUUCUUCAUUUUCUUCUCAAAUAAAGCUUAAAUUGGUUAUUUUCGAAAGAGAAACAGUAAAUUAAAAGUUCCAAAAGCACUGAAGCGCUUGAGCGAGUGGGCUAAUAUUAGCUUACCGUACACUUCUACACCAAAGAAACCCAAUUGUACAUCGAAAUUGAAGCCAAAACUUCCUUUAUGCUUUUGGGGCUGAAAAUUUCAUCCGCGGCUUGAAAAACAAAACUUCGUCGAGAGACAGAAACUUGAACUAAAUUUUGGAACAUCGAUCAAUUUUCCAGCGUGCUUUCAACGCGCCGAGACUGCGUGAUUUUACUCACGACUCUCAACUGGAAACGUAUGUUCAGGGUCGUAGACAGUCUGUAAGGGAAAAAAGAUAAAUUAACCAAAACAGUACAACAGCAUUUACACAUCAAGAAGAUGGUAAGACAGCAAGAAUUAAAUGAUGGCAACCGAAUAGUUCCUCCUAAUUGCCAAUGCAUGCUCUUAUAAUUGAGGUGGCUGAACAGUUUUCGCACACAGUUGCAUGAGAAUAUCGGGCUUACGGAUACAAACUUGAGACUCUCCCAAAACAGCCAAUCGUUAACUCCAAUUGCACGAACUUUAUAGCUUCUUAUCGAGAUAUUGAACCACUGAUCGUAAAAAACCUUAAAGAAACGUGAUAGCAUUUUAGGUAGGACAUCAUUCUGUACGUGCAAGGCCUUGUGUCAACUAUCAUAGAGGCCGUCACCGCAUCCUAAGGUAAAUUGCUUCUGUAAAGCUGAAAACUGUUUUGAUGCUUUAAUUUAAAAUACGGGCUAUAUCAUUUGUUUAAAUUCUGCCUCGGUUCAAACAACCUGAGGCACUGUACCACCAAGUUAGGAACAAAUUUCUUUAAGAGCCCUUUUCUUGAAAAUAUCGAAAAAUCGGCGCCACUUGCGAAAUUUUUAGUUCUUCAUAUUUCUCCCAAAUAAAGACUUUAGUUAGUUAAAAGUUCCAAAAGCGAUUGAGUUUCUUUUUCAAAAUGGACGAAAGUUUGGAAACGGCCAUUUCGACUUCCCCAUGAUGCAUUUUCUUUCCGCUCUUGACAACGUACUUUUGGUACCCUUUUUGCUCUUUCUAAAAAACUCUUUUAUUUUGGAAAAGCCUUUAAUUACCCCACUUACUUGAAGCGCUUGAACGAAUGAUAUGCUUAUCGUAGCUUACCGUACUUCUACACCAAAGACAUCAAAAUUGAAGCCAAAACCUCUGAUGAUCUUAAUUAAGUAAAUUCUUUAUACUUUGUUGUGUGAAUACGUCGUCCGCGUCCCGAUAAAAGAAACUCGUCGAGUAAGGGAACGUGAAUUAAGAACUUAAUUUUGGUACUUUGGUAGUGAACAUGCGAUGAGGGCUGACUGAUCGAAACAAAGUGUUUGGUAUUCUUGCGGUAAAAGUUUUACUUGAUUGCUGGGUGCAAAAUUGAACUGUAAAAAUCAAAUCAAAGUGUUCGCGGGUUUUUUUUUUUUGGACUAAAGCAAUAGAAUGUUAAUUAGGAUGAUCAUUUUAUAUGAAGAAGGUUUUUUGUUCAGGGGGUUCAGCCUGUGCACCCAGUUGAAGCUACUGACAUAUUGGUUUCCACUACAAAGACCCAUGACGUCAUGAUACGCGCAGCUCAGAUCACAUUCUAGCUAGUAGCUUUGAAGCAAUCUUCCCUUGUGUUAAGUGUUAAAAUAACUUUGUACUGUUUUAAUCAAAUUAAUGGAAGCCCAUAGUUAAAAGGUAACGUGAAACGCAAUUAAGUUAUAUUUUUAAGCUGAACAAGACCGCCUCGGCGGCACACAUUUUGUUUAAGUCUGUUUCUGUUUUUUUUCUCGGCGAAAUAGAUAAUGAACUGUUUCGAUGUGGAUUAUAGCCUGCUUGGCAUGCGCGCGCAUAGGAAACUCUAUGGGGCUCGAGAUGCGCCUGAGGGAAAAGGACACACAUUUUCUACUCACGUGCGUCGUCACCAGACCUCUCUCGAGGCCAACGCCACCGUUCUUGUUUGCACCCUAAAUUUACCAUGCGCCUGAUAAACAAGCUACAUAUAUUGCUGCGAUCGCUGCCCCUUUUUAGCGAUCUGACUGAUUGCAGCAAUCAUAUGGCAACCAGGCUUUACAAGACACGUUCGGGUUUUAAAGGUAGGAGCUGAAUUACGCGGGAUUUAAGGAUUUAAUAGUACUUUCGAUAGUUCAGUCUUGAAGGAUUUCAAAGACUUCUUUGUUACUGGGGAUCUGGGUAAGUUAUUCCAGUCCUCCAGAAACAGUUUUCACUGCGAAGGUGCGUGCCCUCUCUGAGAAUAUUUCUUUAGAGGGGGGCCAGUAGAUUUAAAUUACAAUUUCUUGUGUUUUUCGGGUGGUUAUCGGAGCUUUUUGUUAAAUAGUGAGGCAAUGUUCCAUUUAUUCUUAUUCUUUUGAAAGCAAGUGCACAGCGAUUUAUGUAUGCUUCAUUGUAAAAAGGGAGACCAGCUUAAACUGUUAAACAAAGUUACUGUUCGCCUAAUGCGAAGGGCAUUUAGAAUAAUACGCGCGGCCCGCUUUUACAUUCUCAAGUAGCAUUUUAUUGUACGAUGUCCAUACUGCAUACACACGUGAGUUGUCUUAUGACUGCGUUGAAGCAAAUUAUUCUCUGAUCUUUCUUCAAGUAUGGGCUGGUAUAUCGUUAAUGGCCGAGUCGCUUGGAAUUCUUGUUGCAGAGUUCAUCAACAUGUACUUCGUAAGUUAGGUCUUCGUCCAUGAUCAAACCGAAGAAGUUUAUGACUUGCGACUUGCUCGGUUUUUGGAAUGUCGAUUACGAUUUCCAGCAUUCCCGUAUCCUGAUAAAUACGCCUCCGUAGACACUUUUCCGUAACCAACAACGCUUUCGUAUUUUGCAUACUUAUAUAUAUACAUUUUGUUACCUCUAGUCCCUCUCUUUACCUCUGCCAAAUCGUCAGAUAUUCCUGAUUUAGUGAUGAAAUGGUUUUCCAAUUUGAACUUGAAGAUAUGGUGGAAUCGUCUGCAUAAAUGUCCCUAGUUGACUUGUGAA